AUGAGACGUUGUCGAAACGCCUGCUUUUUCCUUUGUUUCGGUGAGAAUGAAAACGUUUUCAUAAGACUGAAAACAAGAUUCAGUUUACUUGUUUUUGUCUUUUCUGACCAACGAGGAGAAUCAAAACAAUGAGGGUCCGGAAUUUGAGCCAGCGAAAAUUCUUAAAUUAAAUACUGCCGAACUGUUGGAAGUCAUAAACGGAGCUCGACGGAAGUUGGCGAGCGAAAAGUGGAUUGGGAACAUGUACAAACUGGUAUCACUUGUUUAGUAAGAGUUGUGAAGUUGAUCAUCUUCAGGAAUGGGAUUCCGACUUGGUCAUUUCUGCAACAAAGAGAGCCAACUGUAAUGUGAAAGUGAAACAUGGAAAGGACUUUCGAGAACGAAUCUGGUUCCCAAAUGACUUCAAAAGGCUCUCUGACACGUCGGAGUUCGAUAACGUUCUAAAUGGAACCAACGACUACGAUCUGAGAUGGUUCGAGCUGUUGUGGCCGUCUCGGAGAAGGAUCGGAUGCGUUUCCGUCGACUGCUUCAAUCCAAUGUACUGUCACAUUGGACCGGGGUAAAAACUCACAGUUAAGGAGAUUAAAUCAUUGUUUGCUCUUCAGUAAUAAGUGGUCUCGACGAGAAAUCAUCCGAGGACCACCUGGUUCCGCCUGUGGACGUCAUAAAAAUGAAGACGGUCUCUGCGUUUCCUCCUCUUCUUCUCUGUUCUUCUCUUCAUUUCUCAUUUACUUGUUCUAUUCUUUACUCUCAUAAUAAAUGGUCCCCGUUGUUUCCUCUCCACUGUCCACCCAUUUUUCAUUUCCCAAAGACCGCGGCGGUUGUGGUCGUUCACACCUGCACAGUUCGGACCGGCGCCAGGUGCGUCCUGACUCACUUCGUCGACACAAAAGAGAAAAUGCAAAUAGGCGAGUGUCCGGACGGCCAUUUGCGGUCGCGCGGCCUCUCUUUCUUACCCGACGCUCGUCCGCGUUUCCGAACCCCAUAACCUGUGUGACUCACUUUUUUGUGGGUGGUUGCCGCGUUAUCUCUUAAAGUUUCCCUUAUCAAUUUGAUUGUAUAAAUAUGCAUACAUGCCGUGCCUCUUCAGACAUCCCGUCCUCACUCCCAUCCCCAAUGCUUCUCUUCGCUCUCCUGGCUCUUGUUCCGUUUGCCAACUCGGUCUAUGUGCAUUUGAGCUCAUUCGGACAGUUUGAGACUCUGUACAAAGUGACGAAGAACUCAAAGAUCUUCGUGAUCUCGGACAGUCCUCAAGAAGCUCUACAGAAUCUCACACUUUCCACCACCGUAGCUGGACAGAAUUCUAAGUAAGUCAUUCCCUUCUCACUUUGCCUGCAAGAACCGAUCUCUUUUCAGUGGGUUCACUCUGUCCGUCCCUGCCGCCGAUGGAUCCCUGACUCCCCUCGUCUCCUCCAAUGACAAUGAUUAUCUGAGUGUUGUCUUCUCUGGAUCUUCUACGCUUUCCGGAUAUCUCUACACCAGCAAUGCCACUUCGGAUCUCCGUGUUUUCCCACUGAAUGAGAACAGUUCUGUCAGUUUCCAGCCGGGAACCAAUGUCUUCUUCCGAAUGGACACUCCGGCUGGAAAGAUCCCCGUCGCACAGAACGUCGUUGUUGGCAGCAAAGUUGCAUUCGCAGGAUUCACGGGCAUUCCAGAAGAUUCCGCUUCUGUUCAGUUCUUUGACAGUGCAUCCAUCGAGGGGUACCUCUUUUUGAAAUGUCUUGAAAAGAAGAAUUAUUUUGUUUCAGAGUGACCAACUACGAUCAGAUUGAGCUUCCAUUGUCCGUGUUCCAUUUCACUUCGAAUGGAGACAAUGUCAAGUACGAGAUCAAGUACGCAGCCAGAAACGGACUGCAGAUCGGAUCUUCCGGUCUCCUCAUGACUGACGAUUUCCCAUCUGCAAGCUUCGGAACCAACGACUACGCUCUCGUGAACCCGGAUAACGCCGACAUUGAUCUCGUUUUUGUGGUUAGAUUCAUUCCUUUUUCCCCUCAAAAGCCCCCAUCUUUCAGCCGAGAAUGAACAAAACCGAGACGUAUUCUGGAAAUGUGACCCUCUUCUACUCGGCCCUCCCGUCGGUCAACUUCCCGAUGCUCUCCACGUCCUCCGCCAACAUCACUUCCAUCAGUCCGGUGAACAGAGUCGUCGUGGAGUCCGAGGGACCGUAUGCCAUCCAAUACAUGCUCCGAGACACUUCUUUGACCACUCCGGCGCCCAUCGAAACGACCACAAAGGCGUCGAGCAUCCCGCAGAUCGUCGCUUCCCUUUUGAUUGUCGCACUCUUCCUAGUCUAA